AUGAUCAACCCCAAGAGGCUUGUUCAGUUGGCGAGGAAGUGGCAAAAGUUAGUGGCCAUCCGAAGGAGGAGAAUCUCAAUAUCAAGAACUCUUUCCUCUACAAAAAUGGAUGCAAGCCGCUGCAAAGCGGUAGCUGAUAAGGGUCAUUUCGUUGUGUACACAAUUGAUAGAAUGCGUUUUGUGGUUCCCUUAGCAUAUCUCAAUAGCCCUGUCUUCAAAGAGCUGUUUAAAAUGUCUGAAGAUGAGUUUGGGUUACCAUGCAGCGGGCCUAUCGCCUUACCGUGCGACGCAAUUUUCAUGGAGUACAUUCUGUUGUUGAUUCGGGUAUCUGCAUCUAAAAAUGUAGAGAAAGCUUUGCCUUUCUCCAUAGGCGGUGGUCGGUGCGCGACAGCUUCCUUAGCACAUGGACUGAUCAACCACCAAACGCUUCUCCAUGGCUUCUAA